AUAAUUUACUGUGAUAGUUUUUUUUCGUUAUUUUAGCUUAUAUAUAUAUAUAUUUUUUCCCUCUGUACACAAACCAAUAUCACUGAUUUAUCUGAUCUAAAUCCAUCUACAUCAUCCAAGAGCAUACUUUUACCCCUUCCCACCCAAAUAAUAAAAAAGGAAAAAUGACAACUCAACCACUUCUGCGACUUCCCAAGGCCGAUGACUUCAUUAAGAAGUGCUCUGUUAACGACAACGAAUUCCUGCCCUCAGAUUGCACCUUUGUUAAAUGCUUGGGCUACUUCUUGAAGAAAUGGUUUAUCGAGCGGAUUUGGAAAAAGGGUGGCGUGAUGUUAACCAAAACCUCGAAGAAGACGUGUGGUAUCAACGACCUUUCAAUUUUUGAGCGAUUCCCUGAGGACGACUCCCUGAUACCUUUCUUCUUUAAUACGAAUUCCACGAAGACGCCGACUAAAGACUCAGUUAAACCGAAUGAGGGCUCCACUUCCGUGGAAAAGACGAUUGUGAAUAGAUCGCCACUGUCUAAACAUGCGAAAGCGGUGCGUCUAAUUUUCGUUUUGCUGCUUUCCCUAAUGUUUCUUUCCUUUACCAUGAUGAUGUCCUACAACGUGUGGCUCUACAUAAAGUACUGCCAUGUGCGAAAUAAGAACAGUGAUCCCACCGGUGUUUCUUUUUUAAAAGAAAAUAGGAAAUCCCAACCAGUUCCGAGGAGUGCUUCCGAACGUCGAUGCUCUCGUCACCCGUCUCUUUCAGAGCCAUUUAGCAUCAACGAGAUCACCACAGGAACGUCAACUAAUUCAAUGCCUUCGAAAUCCUAUUGUUUAUAACUUGACGUAAAUGUAAAACACUCCGAAGUAUAGCUCCAACGGCCGCCCCGAAGCGCGGCAGACAGAUCUAAUAUGACUAUCCUUUAAAUUACUUUACCUCCUUUUUUUAUAUAUAUAUAUAUAUAUACUUGUACUGAACUUACUGUUUUAUUGUAUAUUCCAUGCUAAAUUGGUAUAUAUAGCUAUUCUAAUUUUAUUCUCACUACUACAAUUGAAGGUUAUAUAUGUUAACUUAGUAGGUUUUUUUUUAUUAAUUGUGUAUUUUUAUUUAUGUGUUUCUUUUUAUUCUAGAAUCUGAAAAGAGUUUCAAAGGUAAAUGAAAGAAAAUAAAUGAAACUGCAAGUACCCUUAUACAUUUUUAUAUAUAUAUUUUUUUAUCUGAA